CAAGUAGUCACGUCGACGUGAUGUGGUUUACAGAACACUCUCGUAAGAUAUAUGUUCUGUGAGAUGUAGUUCAUCUGUAGUAAGAAUGUCGUUGUAGUAAGAUAAGAAUGAUGUCGUGUAACAUCUAUUUGGGAUUCACACAAAUAUCAUUUUGAUUCAAUAUUCUCCAUUAUUAAUCAAGUCUUACAUCGUCCGGUGUUAAAAAUGAGUGAUCAGGAAGAAUUUAUUCCAAGAAAUUACCAAGAAGAACUUAUGAAAAUCUGUCUGGAACAGAAUACAAUCAUUUUUUUACCCACGGGUAGUGGUAAAACGUUUAUAGCACUGUUAGUGUUGAAACAAAUGGGUGCCGAUCUAUUAAAGUCUUAUAGUCAAGGAGGGAAAAUUACUAUUAUAUUAGUCAAUACGAUAGCUUUAGUAGAUCAACAUGCUGAUAACAUUAUAAAACAUACUGGGUUCAAUGUUGGGAGAUAUACUGGGGAAAUGAAUUUAGAUUUUUGGCCGAAAACGAAAUGGUACGAAAUAUACGAUAAACACCAAGUGAUAAUAAUGACGUCUCAGAUUCUAGUGAAUUUAGUUCACAAUUCUUACAUAGAUCUAAAUCGAGUGAAUUUGUUAAUUUUUGAUGAGUGUCAUAGAGGAGUGAACGAUCACUCUAUGAGGCAGUUGAUGAAGCAAUUUCACUCUUUACAUCAACCACCGAGAGUUUUGGGUUUAACAGCGACGUUAUUAAACGGAAAUUGUAAACCUGGUAGAGUCAUAGAAGAAGUAAAAUCUUUGGAAACCACUUACCAAAGCAAAGUAGCUACAGUUGAAGAACUGAAAUCAGUCGUGGGAUAUUCGACUAAUCCCAUGGAAAAAUUGAAAAUCUAUGGGAAACAUUUGGGAAGUUUCACGGAAAAGAUAAUAAUAGAGGAGUUGUCGAAAUUAAUUGAUACUAUAUCUUACAUAAAAUCGGAACCUAUACCGAUUUCUUUAUGUUUGAAAGGUUUGAAACCAUUGAAAUUGGAAGAAGGAGAAAAGAAACUAAGGAAUUUGAUUCAGGAUUUGAUAUUUCAUGUUGAAACGAUGGGACCGUAUGGAGGUCUCAAGGCGUGUCUUUCUCACAUUAUUCAGAUAGAAAGGAUAAAAAAACAUUGCGACGACUUACAACUCAUGACGAUAUUAACUUGCGUCCAAACGACGUUCAUGUACGUCCUGGAACAGUUCAAGAAACACAUGACCGGCAUGGAUGAAAAGGACAAGAUGCUGAAUUUCUGUUCGCAUAAAUUGAUAUCGUUGUUCGAAAUAUUGGACGAAUACAAAAAAGUAUCGAAAGAAGAACUGUGCUGCAUAAUAUUCACGAAAAGGAGAUUCACCGCCAAAGUGAUAUUCCACGUACUGAAAGACCUCAGCGAGUACCAUCCCGAUUACGCCCACAUCAAAACCAAUUUCAUGGUGGGGUACAACAACAACCCUUACAACGAUACCAGGGAAUCCCUUUACAUCAGCAAACAGAACAAACAGGUCCUCGACGGGUUCAGGAACAAAGAGAUAAACGUCCUGGUGGCGUCGAACGUUUUGGAAGAGGGGGUCGAUAUACCGAAAUGUACUUUGGUGAUCAAAUACGAUCACCCUGAAGAUUAUCGCUCCUACGUCCAAUCGAAAGGGCGAGCCAGACACAUGAAGAGCCUCUAUUAUAUGAUGGUGUGCGAAGAAGAUAGAGGUAAAUUCAUACAAAGGUACAACGAAUUCAGACAGGUCGAAGAAAUAUUGAACGACUACUUGAUAGGCACCAAUUCGGAACGGGAAGAUCCCUCGGUGAAGGACAUUGUCGCCAUGUACAACGAAGACAUAAUCCCCCCUUAUUACGUGAACGGCCCCACCAGCGCACAAGUGAAUAUGACGUCCGCCAUAUCUCUAUUGUGCCAAUACUGUAUGAGCCUCCCGUCGGAUAUUUACACCGUUCGCGCCCCUGAUUGGUUUUUCCGGAUGGUCGACCAGAAAAUAUCCGUCGUCAUAUUACUACCCGUCGUUUGCCCCAUUCUAGACGAAAUAGUUGGACCGCCGAUGGUUAGUAAGAAAUUAGCUAAAAGGGCGGCGGCGAUGGUGGCGUGCAUUAAACUCCAUAAAGCCGGCGAAUUGGACGAUCAUUUGGUACCGAAAAAGAAUAUCGUUAAAGAAGAAGACGUCGAUUUUUUGUUUAGUCAUUAUCCCAAAGAGAAGGAUCCCACGGCGGGAAAUUUGAAAACUAAAAGACUCCAUAAAAAAUUGUUUCCGGCCGUACUAAAUAAACCGAUACUGCCCAAUACCACCCUAUUGGUACACACCGUCAAACUAAACCCUUUGUUUACCAAAAAAACGGAAGACGUCAAUUUUUCCACCAUGUUCGACAUGUACACGUCGCCGUUGUGCUACGGCUUAGUAACCAAUUCGCCUUUACCGACCAUUUGCGAUUUUCCGAUCUACGUCACUUCCGGAACGAUAACCGUAUCAUUGGAAGUGAAUAAAACGACCAUUACCGUAACGGAUAAAAACCUCGAGGAUAUUGUAACGUUCCAUUACCGUGUAUUCGAAGAUGUGAUCCAAGUGCUUCAACGUUUUCUCAUUUUCGACCGGGGGGAUAAUCCGGAAAUGAUGCUCUUAGUGCCUUUCGAUAGAACGAAGGGGAGCGUCGAUUGGGAUUUGUUGAGGCGGCGUACGCCGGUUAAUUCGGUCGAGGAAAUGAGCGUAGAAGAAAAGAUGAAAUUGGAGGUUAACUUGGAAAGUCAUUUGAGGAAAAUCGUUAGUCCUUGGUACAGGAGGGAUCCUGCUGUUUAUAUUGUUACUGAGGUAUGUUUCAACAGAAACGCCUUUACCGAAUUUCCAAACGACGAAUACGCAAAUUUCGGCGAAUACUUUCGCUUAAGGCACAAUUUAGAAAUUCGCAAUCCCGAAUUGCCCUUAUUGUUGGUGAAAAGGUUAACGAAGAGCCUGAAUUUCAUCAAACCGAAAAGUAGGAUUUCCAUAAAAAGGAAACACGAACAGACGUACGAGGAAAUGGUGGAGUACCUUCCGGCAGAAUUGGUGGUGAAGCAGGAUUUUCCCGCUUCGCUGUGGAUCCAAGCCAAUCUCCUACCGACGAUAUUGACGAGAAUUUCGUUUUUCCUCCAAUUGGAGGAACUAAGACAACGGAUAGCAACCGAAGCAGGUUUGGGUAGAAGAACCGUAAUCCAAAGAAUGCCGCUCCAAUUAGACGAAUACCUAUUAAGUUACGUCCCCCACGUAGAAUGCGACAACCAUCACGCCGACGAUCUACCAACCGUGGAUAUGAACGUUUCCGCCGUACCCGUACCCCAAACGACAUUACAAAUAAACAAAGAUUUCAGCGAAAAAUUAUUGGAAAGCCAAUACCCAUGGAAGAACAUCGACGAACCGAUAGAUAUCGAAAGGGACCUCAAAGUAUCCAUAAUGGACAUCGAACAUUACGAAGCUUUCAUAGGGCAACCCGUGAACGUUUCCCGAGAAUACAAAAACAACAAUUCCCCAUCGAAGGAAAAACAAUUGGCUCUGACCUACCACAAAAAUUUCCUUCCGGCGGAUAUAAAAAUACUCGAUGCCGAUCCGAACGACAAAGGUCCCGAACUGUGCGAAAUGUUCAGAGCCUUGACGACGGCCAAGGCCAACGAGAUCGUGAAUCUGGAACGGUCGGAGACCUUGGGGGAUUCCUAUCUCAAAAUGAUCGUUUCCGUUUACGUCUACCUGCGUUUUCCUCAUUACGACGAGGGCCGCGCCACGCAGCUCAAAGGGAAAUUGGUCAGCAACAGGAACUUAUUUUAUCUGGCGUUGGAGAAAAAUUUGAACGGGGUGAUGAAAUACAACGAAUUGUCGUCGGAGAGCGAAUGGAUGCCGCCCGGUUUCGAUAUACCCCGAGAAAUGUCGAGGAGGAUCGAAAAUGGCGAAUUGUCGGUUAGCGCCCUGUUCGGUUUGCGCGUACCCGAAGCCGAACAGAUUUCCGGUCGUUUGAGCAAGGAUACCGUCGCUGAGAUAUUGGGGGACGAAUGUCCUGUGAACGAAAACGAGGAAUGCAAUUAUCGUACGAUGGCGCAAUUUUUGAAAAGUCAGUUUAUAGCCGAUAAAUUUGUAUCGGAUACGGUGGAAAGUCUGUUGGGGGUCUAUUUGCAAACGGGCGGCUUGAAAGGUGCAACGAGAUUAUUAGAAUGGUUCGGCGUAAUACCUAAAAGCGAAAAAUUAGAGAAGUUAUUAGAAAAACCGCCCCCGACACCUCUAUUAAACGACGUCGACGACAUCGAAAGCAAACUCCUCAUACAUUUACCGACACAUAAACAAAUCGAAAAAAUAAUCGGUUACGAAUUCAAAAAUAAAUCGUAUUUAUUGCAAGCGUUCACCCAUUCGUCGUACACGCCGAAUCGCACCACCCUGUCGUACGAAAGAUUGGAAUUCGUCGGCGACGCCGUCCUCGAUUUUCUAAUCACUUGUUUCGUAUACGAAUCCUGCGGGAACCUGGAUCCCGGUAAAUUGACCGAUCUCAGAUCGUCAUUGGUCAAUAACAACACCUUCGCCAGUUUGAUAGUACGAAUGGGGUUGCACAAAUACAUUUUGAUGAUCAAUUCCAAAUUGCAAAAGUUUAUCGACGAUUUCGUUUUGUUUAUGGAACAGAAGAAUUACGUCAUCGACGACGAGAUCAUGAUUUUGUUGCAGGAGGACGAAUAUCAGUUCGCCGAAUCCGUCGAUGUCCCCAAGAUACUCGGCGAUAUAUUCGAAGCUAUUGCCGGCGCUAUAUAUCUAGAUAGCAAUAAAGACUUGAAAACAGUUUGGAGGGUAUUUUACAAAAUAAUGUGGAAAGAAAUCGAUUUAUUUUCUCAAAAUAUUCCCAAAAAUGUAGUCCGGAGAUUGUUCGAAUGGAACGGAGCCCAUCCCAAAUUCGGGCAAGUGAUUCCGACAACAAACCGGAAAUGCAUGGUGCCGCUUAGGUUCAUGCUGGACGGCGUACCGACAUUCGUACACGGGUUCGGAACCAACAAAACCAUGGCUAAAAAAGCCGCCGCCAAAAUAGCUUUAAAAUUGUUGUACCAAAAAGAUAAAUAAGAUUUUUUUAAUUCGUUAAUCGCAAAAGAAAAUAA